GUUUCAAAGACAGUUUCCUCGAAGACUUAAUGGACCUCCAACUAAAACUUCGACCUCAUAAAGCUUCACCACUUUCAAUAAAAUCAUCGAUCUUUCAGGUCUUAACAGCUUUACUCCUUACAAUCUUCGUCUUGAUGUGAUAAUCUUUCUUGUUCCUUUCUUCCCACGCAACAAAGUCUGAGUUUUUAGGGUUUCACCAUUUGUCAACGACAUGGACGAAGAAUCUGCUUCUAAUGGCUCCAUCUUCAGAAACUUUGAAGGAGAAGAAAUGAUGGGAAAAGUAAUCCUCUUCGCAAUCGUAUCCCUCUUCACAGCGAUUCUCUUCCUCCUAUUGCUUCAUCUCUACGCUAGGCUCUUCUGGUGGCGCGUAGAGAACCAUCUCAACCUAAACCUAACCCAACCCGACACUCCUGGCUCCACAGUCAUCGGCCGUAACAACCAACGACGUCGUUUCGUCUUCGCUCAAGGCCAAGAAGAUCCUCCUCGCCACGCCGGUCUCGACUCUACAACCCUCCAGUCCAUCCCGAUCCUUGUUUUCAAGUCUUGUGACUUCAAAGACGGGCUAGAAUGCGCUGUUUGUCUCUCUCAUCUUGUUGACGGGGACAAAGCUAGGGUUCUGCCUGGGUGUAACCAUGGGUUCCAUGUUGAUUGCAUCGACAUGUGGUUUCAGUCUCAUUCCACUUGUCCUCUCUGUAGAAACACGGUUGGUUCUGUGGAAGAGACAAGACAUGGAGGGAAUGAGGGUUUGUUGUCUCAAAAUCAAAACUUUGAAUCUGGGCAUUCAUCUCAAGAUCAGAGCUCUGUUCUUGGGUUUCCGACAGAAACUCAGAAUUUUCCGACAAAUGUACUAGUUUGGGGAGAUCACAAUCAAGUUAGAAGUACAGGUCUUGUAGUUACUGAAGAUCUCGGUUCUAGUGAUCGUCAACAUGAAUCUACUAGUAGUACUAACAGCUGUAACAGAGCGCAAGAUGUAAGGGAAGUUGUGGUGGAUAUUCCAGUGAGUUCAAGUGAGAUAUCAUCCGAGAGAAUCCAAGAAGAAGAAGAAGAAGAACCGAAGUCACCGAUGUUCACAAGGUUGAGAUCACUUAAGAAGUUGUUGAGUAGAGAGAAGAAAGGUGUUGUUUGCAUUAAUGGUUCAAGCGGUACCAAUAACAGCAAUGUUUGAAAUAAUAGCUAAUCUUGAAUCCAUUCAACAAUUUAUGUUUUGGUAUGUUUUACGAGAAGUGUGACAUGUAUAGUGUGAUUCAAAUCAACAUUACUUUUACAUUUAUCAUUA